GUGAUUAUUCUCGGGAGGAGGGUGUAUGCACACACACAGGCAAGUGUGCAAGUACUUGUAGAGUCUAGUAAUUUGCUAGAAAAUUUGCAAGAAUUAGCUCUUCCCUCUCUUGCCUCUUUUCAAAACCCUUUCCUUUUCCUUACGAAACAAUUCAGUCCUAAAUGAAACAUUAGGUAGAGCAGAACAAGGUAGGUGUCUGUUGUAGGGUGGGGUGGGAGAGCAACAGUGGUCUGGUGCAGGUUGUCAGAGCUCAGGCAGGGUGAGAAGGGUGACUUUGCAGGGGGGUUGGCUUGAUGGUGGUGCUGGAGCCUGAAAGAGUGAGGAGAACAUCCCUGCAGGGAUUGGAAAGUGUUUCGGGCAUCAGACCCUAUGCAUCCCGAGGAGAAUGUCCACACGUGGCAACGGCCUGGUGUAGGGUGUCAGAAGCAGCCUGGUCUGGAGUGCCAGGGCCUGAAAGGUGAAGAAGACAUCUAUGUGGUGGGGAGGCCAGGUGCAGGGAGCUCAAGCAGGAUGGUCCUUGCUGGGAGGUGGGGGACCCGGCACGGGUCAGGAAAGUGGCAGGCCCGGUGUGGGUUUCAGAAGCCGAACGGGAUGAGGAAGCCGUCCACAUGGUAGCGUAGCCCUGCGUGGGGACUCAGAGCCCAGGGAGGGCGAGGAGAGCUUCCACACAUCAGGGUGAUCUCGUGUUGGGUUUUAGAACCUGAGUAGGGUAAGGAUGGGUUCCAGGUGGGUGUUAGGGAGCCGGCAUCAGAAGUCAGAGUCUAGGCAGAGUGAGGAGGGAUUUCCUAUGGAGGAUGGCCCAGCGUGGGGUCAGACCUGAGCAAGUUGAGGAUGAGGUCCAUGGGGGUUGGCUGGCUCUGUGCAAGAACACCCAAGCAGGUUAAAGGCCCCAGUAGUAAUGUUGGCCUGGAUUGGCAAGUCAGAGCCCCGUCAGGAAGAGAAGAGCAUCUUAGAGGAGGGAAUGGCAAAGAUAGAAAAUUGACUAAACGUGUUUAUUACUCAAAUAACAAAAUAAAUAAGUAAGUAAGUAAGUAAAAGACAAUGGAAGCCGGUUUCUUACUGUAACAGAAGGGAGAAAUGUGGAAGGGAGAAAACUAGAAUGAACUCCUUAGCGUUGGAUUGGAAUUAGAGGUUAUUAGUGUGAAUGCACGGUUUUCAAUGUACCUUGAUAUGGAAAGAUAGAGGUAAGUGUGUGUGUGUGUGUGUGUGUGUGUGUGUGUGUGUGUGUGUUAUGCAGGAGAUGGAGGAGUUUGGUGCAGGAGAUUAAAAGAAGGAGGAUCCUUUGGGGAGAGCUGAAUCUAGGGAGUGAGCUUUCAAGAGCACAUCUCGGAAGGUUCUGAACUGAAGGAUUCUUUUUUUGGAAUGCUUUCCUCUUGUCCUUUGGAAAAAGUCACAUUUGUCACUGACUUUAUCUCCUAAUUUGUGACUCUAUUAAAUUAUCUUAACUUGUUAAAAAACAGUCACAUUGGCCUGUAGUCUUUUUGUUGCGGUGGUGUAAGGGAUUAAAGGGAUGGAGAAGGGUGGUGUGCAGGCUGGCCUAUUCCACUAACAUCCAGCAAAGAGAGCUGCUUUCAGGAGCUUCUGGAAGCGACUAUAUCAAAAUGAAUGGAGAUCCAUGAAAGAGUCAGUUAAGAACAGGGAAAAGCAGAGAGCACUGGGGAGCAGCUUCAGAACACGUAUGAUGUAAGCUUUGACUUCCCUCCUACAUACACUCUUGAAAGUGGGGAGGCUGACACAUGAGUUUUUUGUCAAUGAUCCUCUUAGAAUGUGGUCACCAAAAGUUGCCUGAUCAGCCACACGUGAUGAGAAUACAACAUGAAUGAAUCUAUGCCCAGAUUGGUCUAUAAAUAAUUAUGUUUGCAUACAGAUGUACACAAAUACAUGAAGUUCAUUCUUGGCUGGUGAGCUCAGAUAAUACAAGUCUCAGAAAAGCGUUCUCUAACUGCUUAGUUUCUCUAUGUCUUUCCUUCCUAUAUAUAUUUUUAAAUCUACCCUUUGAGUUCCUACUUUACAUUUCCUUGUUACAUUUAUAAAUUUAUGAGAAGUUCCUUAUUACAUUUGCUGACGUAUGUUCAAAUGCUAUGAUUCUCAUCGUGCUGAUCCUGGAGAUUUGGCCUCUGAGGUUGCUAAUUUUCACGAGAUUCCUCUCAGAGUUAUUUGCCUAUAUGGGGCCCCUGUUCUUGAUAGGAAGUAUGACAAAUUGCCACCAUGUUUGGGUUUUAUUUUAAGAUGUUUUAAGGAAGAGAUGUAAAGGAUUUUUUGAAGAGAAGAUUUCUUCUCGAUAUGACUUCAGAGACCACUUAUGCUGAAUUGAGUUUCAAAAAUGAAUCCAAGUCCUCAGGCACCAAAGAAAGGCCUCCUGCAGCUCCCAAAGAGAAGACCAGCCUGAACAAAAGUAAUCCCAAUUUUCCCAAGCUACUUUUUGCCUCAUUGCUGGUGCUUCUGCUGCUAUUGGCAAUCUCAUUUUUUAUCGCUUUUAUCAUUUUCUUCCAAAAAUAUUCUCAGCUUCUUAAAGAAAAAAAGACUGCAAAAGAGCUCCCUCACACGGAAUUGGAAUGCCUGAAAGAGAAUGUGACCAUGGAAGGGAAAGAUUGGAGCUGCUGCCCAAAGGAUUGGAAGCCAUUUAGUUCCAACUGCUACUUUAUUUCUAAUACAGUAAGAAAUUGGACGGAGAGUGAGAAGAACUGCUCAGCAAUGAAGGCUCACCUGCUGGUGAUCAAAACCAAGGACGAGCAGGAUUUUAUCAUCCAGAACGUGGAUACGUCUCCUGCUUAUUAUAUAGGGCUGUCAGACCCAAAGGGAAAAAGAGAUUGGCAAUGGGUUGAUCAGACACCCUACAAUGAAAGUGUCACAUUUUGGCACUCAAGUGAACCCAGUAAUCUUAAUGAGCGUUGUGUUAUAUUACAUUUUCGUCAUCAACUGAGAGAAUGGGGCUGGAAUGAUGUUCUUUGUAAUGAAGAUCACAAGUCACUUUGCAAGAUGACGAAGAUCUACUUAUGAAUGGGACAUUCUGCAUGAACAUGUGGUUGAAUUGGAACCCGCCAUUUAUAGAGAUAGCUAAUUUGCUCUUUUUAUUCAUGUGUAAAUCUUGUGGAAGGAAGCUCCAUAGAAGUUUUCCAUUGGCUGUCACCUUUUCCAUUUAUGAGAGAAUCAGUAUACGCAUUCAUUCAUUUCUUCCUUCUCCAUGUGCAGAGAUCAUAUUUCUGCAGACACAUGGAGGAAGCAUGAGCCUCCUUUCCUAAUUUUAAGGAGUUAGGCAUUGACGUAAUUGUAUAUGAUAUUGGUAUGAUUAUAUGAUGGGUUCCUCUCUCUGUCUGGAUUUUUUUUUUUUUUCCACGAGAGUGAUCAAAAGCAGAAUAAUCCCAACUAUUACUUUCCAUUUCUCUCAGACAUUUAUCAGCUUUAACUGAAGCAUGUUAUGUGCCAGUUGGAAUAUGAUACACAUCAAUAGAAUUUAGUUUCUGGCUUUGGCCCAGUAGACCAUUUGGGAUUCUUAGCAUUCUCUGCUCAUUCUUGGACUGUCACUUAACAUCAGGGUGCACUCAGAGGGAAAUCAAAAACAACAUUAGAGAUUUAGAAGUUAUUAUUAGUGAGUUGACAUAGAUGUAUAAUCAUUAGGUAGUCUGAUAGUUUUUGGUUUUUUUUUCCUUAAGUUUUAUAGUUUCUGUGUGUAGAUUGCCACUCAAAAUGGCUCCUGGUUUAUUUGUAUUCCCUUUUGCACUGAAUUUUUACAGAUCAUUUUAUUUCAACUACAACAUAAAAUAGAUUUAUAAUGAAGCCUGUUAUUCAUUGCUUUCAUAUGCUAAUUAUAAUUGAUCAUAGUAAAGCUGAUUCUAGCCAUGGCUAUCCAAGUAUGACUUCUUGAGAUUAUGCCCCGAUUAUCUUGAUACAACUGAGUAAUUACAUUUGCCACUCAUUUCCUGACUGUAUCUAAAAAGGAGUUGUUUUUAUACAGGUCUGAUCUUAUCCAUAGUAUGUAGAACUUACCAGUUUACUCCUCGGAGAGCAACUUACAAUCAUGGAAGAAUUCCAGGGAAGCUUUAUUGACAAAGAGUUUUCCUCACUAUUAUUUCAAUAAUAAGGGGUUGGAAUGAAGAGCAAAAAGAACCACUUUACGAAAUGCUUUUGAUUUUCAGAAUAGAGGGUGUGCUUGAACUGGAGUGCAAGGAGAGUGGUGACAUUAGUCAUUGCUGGAACUUUCUCUGAUCUCCACCUUAUAUCUUAUGAAUGUGGUUCAGAUCCUAUUUUCUUUAAUUUUCCAUAAAGCACCACUAAAUCAAGAUUGUGGGUAACAGAGUUUAUGUAAGAUUUGUGUUUAAAGAGUGAUAUUAAAGUGAAGAGGCAUCCAGCUGACUUCAAAUCAGUGGACAGAAUUUUGAAAAAUAAAGUUGCUUUAAGCCACUAAAGUUUUGGGGUGGUUUAUUAUUUAGCAAUGUAUACCUGAAACACCUGUGAAUUACAUUGCGGAUUUGAACCAGAUUCUGCAAAAUAAUGAAACAUAUUCAAUCACAUUGGUGUCUCUGAAAAGAUUGACAGUUUUUGGGUUUUUCUUGUGGGUUUUUUGGGGGAGAAUAUCUCGAGAACUGGUGGGCACUGCCUUUUUUGCUGUGACUCUCAGCCAUUCUGUGCUUCUAGUAACCCACCCUCAAACUCGAGCCAUUUGUGAAAGCAAUUUUUAAAAAAAUUUUUAAAUGAUUAUUUAUUUUUGAGAGAGAGAGAGACAGAGUGUGAGCAGGGGAGGGUCAGAGAGAGGGGAACACAGAAUCUGGAACAGGCUCCAGGCUUUGAGCUGUCAGCACAGAGUCUGACACGGGGCUCAAACCCACCAACUGGAAGAUCAUUACCUGAGCUGAAGCCAGACGUUUAACUGACUGAGCCACCCAGGUGCCCCAAAAGAUUGACAGUUUUAAAGUGAGAGUAGGUUAAUUUUAUCAUUAAGUGAAUAAAAUGCAAAAUUAAAGUGUUUGUUUUUUAUACAAUUUAAUUCUUACUCUUGUGUUGUGGGCAUAUUAUAUUACAUCAGAGGUAUGUGGUUCUUAAAGUUCAGUAUAUUAAGUGUGCAUAUAUAAUUUUUUUCAAAUAUUAAGUAUGAGCAAACAAAAAUUGUUUUCAGACCACUAUUCUAGAAGAUGGAUUUGAAAAUGCUUGAUUGAAGUUUAGGUAAUUGUUCCAUCUGAGGUAAAAGAAAAAGAAAAAUACAAGCUACAAACAAAACUAUUUGAAGAAAGUUGUGUUUAUGUUGGUUUAUUAAGAAGAUACAUUUAAACCUAUGGAUGAAAUAUACUUAGAAUUUUAGUAUCUAUAUUCAUUUUUAUGUUGCUAUUAAAAACAAACAUAUAAAUAAAUAAAUAAAUCUACCAACACCUAAAGCCCUUUUAGUCAACCUGCCACUUAGUAAAUGGAAAAGGAAGCAGAAGCUGUGGAAUAUUCAGUACUGGGGAAAAUACUUUUGCUCAGUGGAGUUAAAAUGAUCAGCCUGGAUGAUUUUUCUGAAGCUGGGCAUCUGCUGACACAUGACAAACCCUUCUGAGCCUGUUAAUAUUCAUUUUGUCUUGAUGAUAAUACUGAAACAUGAAUUAAUAAUAGUUUUGUCUUUGCCAAUAUGGAAAUCAUCAAUGGUACCCACCUUGUCAGAGAUGAAUUCAGUGACUCAGGCGGGGAAAAAAUAAUGUCACAAUUCAAAUGUAUUAAGCCAUAUGUUCAGUAUGUGUUUAAUUAAAUCAACCACAUUUUCUCUACACAAUGGAAUGCUCUGCAUUAGUUAAAAUUGUUGCAAAUGGAAGCACAUAAUAAAGAACCAGUAGUUAG